GUACGUUGUCAUACCUCUAGUGUACGGGAAUAUUUUCAACAAGUAGUACAGUGCAGUACAGUGCAUUAAACGCAUACACAAAAGUAACCGUACUGCUGUAAGUUCACGUUAAAAAAUAUUUUCGUAACGCAAUAGGAAAAGGAGACAGCUAAAAUGUUUUUGCGAUCGGUAUUAAAAGGAGGGAUGUGUCAAAAGUUGACACGACCAUUCUCAACAGGAACUGAGAGUGCUACGGGUUUUAAUUUUGCACUAUCUGAAACUCAAAGGGAGAUGCAAGAUUUAGCACGAAAGUUUACAAGAGAAGAAAUUAUUCCAGUAGCUGCUGAGCACGAUAGAACUGGAAAAUAUCCAUGGGAUAUUGUCAAGAAUGCAUGGAGUUUAGGACUUUUGAAUAAGCAUAUUCCUCAACAUUGUGGGGGGAUGGAGUGUAGCACUUUCGAUGGUUGUUUAGUUGCAGAAGAAUUUGCUUAUGGUUGUACAGGAAUAUCAACUGCAUUAGAAGGAACAGGACUAGGUCAAGCUCCAGUAAUUGAAGCUGGAACAAAAGAACAGCAGAAAAAAUAUCUUGGUAGACUUAUCGAUGAGCCCCUCGUAGCUGCAUACUGUGUUACUGAACCUGGUGCUGGAUCAGAUGUAGCUAAUAUUAAAACGAGAUCUGAGAAAAAAGGAAACGAAUGGAUUCUUAAUGGAACCAAAAUGUGGAUAACAAAUGGCAGUGUUGCUAACUGGUAUUUCGUGUUGACGAGAUCAAAUCCUGACCCAAAAGCUCCAUUAAAUAAAGCCUUUACAGCCUUUAUCGUCGAACGUGAAACUGAAGGUGUAACUGUUGGUCGUAAGGAGAUAAACAUGGGUCAAAGAGCUUCUGACACUCGAAUGAUAACAUUCGAAGACGUCCGUGUUCCACAAGAAAAUGUUUUAGGUGCUGAAGGGGAAGGUUUCGUACUUGCUAUGAAAGUUUUUGACAAGACUAGACCACCGGUGGCAGCUGCAGCUGUUGGUUUGGCACAGAGGGCGCUGGAUGAAGCUACGAAAUAUGCAAUAGAACGUAAAACAUUUAAUAAACCAAUAGCAGAACAUCAAGCUGUAGGAUUUAUGCUUGCUGAUAUGGCAAUUGGUGUUGAAACGGCUAGACUUGCGUGGAUGAAAUCAGCUUGGGCCUCUGAUCAUCGUCUUCCAUCGAGAACAACUCUUGCCAGUAUUGCGAAGUGUUAUGCUGGCGAUGUAGCUAACAAGUGUGCAACGGAUGCUGUACAAAUUUUUGGCGGCGCUGGUUUCAAUUCUGAGUAUCCAGUGGAGAAGUUGAUGCGAGAUGCAAAGAUUUAUCAAAUUUACGAAGGCACCGCACAAAUUCAAAGACUAAUUAUCUCGCGUAAUAUAAUUAACGAAGCAAAACAAAAGAACUAAUAACCAUAAAUUUAAUAAUGCGAUUACUUCUAAAUAACGAAGUCAUUAUUCUUAGAUGAAUUUAUAUUUCUAAAAAUUUCUUAAGAUUUUUGAUAUUAAUGUUAAUAAUAUACAACAUUAUUUUGUUGACUGUAAAUUGCGAUGAAAAUAUUUUAUUAGUAUAAAAUUGAGCA